CGAAAAAAAAUUGUUUCGGAGGUAAACACGAAAUAAUUUAGUACAAACGUUGCAGAUUUCUAGUUAAAUUUUAAAGAAUUUUUUUUCCUUAUAAUUAUAACAAACGAUACCUAAUCUUCUUCCGCUUAUAAAUAAUUUAGGUUAUAGAAUUUGUUUAAUUCAUAGAAAUUCUCACUUUAUUGGAUGUGGAAUUCGGUCAGUGAAAGUGAAGAAGUCUCAACAUGAACACCACAUCGAUGUUUCUACGAUUAAUUAACAGAACAAGAAAAAUAUAUCCAAUAAACGGCAUAAGUUUUCAAUCGGCUGGAUGCAGGUGUAGUUCAGCAUAUGCAGCUAGUGUUUCGCAAAUAGCAAAAGAAAGGGAAACAUUCCAAGAUGCCUGGAAAGGUAUUAUCGACAAUCUAACGACAAAUAAGAAAUUCACACAGCUACCAGAACUCGGAAGCUGGGUUAAAAAGGUUUUAGAAUACAAUGUCAAAGGUGGUAAGAAAAUCAGGGGCAUAACAACGGUGCUCGCUUAUGAAUUAUUCGAGAAACCGGAAAACGUUACCGAAGAGAUGGUGAGGUUAGCACGUGUCGCCGGUUGGUGUACGGAAAUGCUGCAGGCGUACUUGAUAAUGAACGACGAUAUAAUGGACGGGUCGUCGACCCGGCGCGGGGUCCCGUGCUGGUACCGCAUGCCCGACGUGGGCCUCGGCGCCAUCAACGACGCCAUACUCGUCUACGGUUCUAUAUACGAAAUACUCAAGAUAUAUUUCGGGAAAGCUAAAGAAUACGCAGACAUCCUGGACAUUUUCAACGAGGCUCUUCUCUAUACGAGCAUGGGACAGCAUUUAGAUUACGCCAUGGCGCACCGCAACAAACAAGACUACAGUCUGUUCACGACGGAGCGAUACUAUUCCAUCGUUAAAUACAAGACCUCGUAUUACUCAAUCAAGUUGCCGGUUUUUCUCGGCUUGAUCUUGACCCAGAACGGGCAGAAUGCGCCUAUCGAAGACAUUGAAGGAAUAUGUUUUGAGAUAGGCAAGCUGUUUCAAAUUCAGGACGACUUCAUGGACUGCUUCGGCAACGAAACGGUUACAGGGAAAAAAGGGACCGACAUCCAAGAAGGCAAGUGCUCUUGGCUGGCGGUUAAUGCAUUACAACGAUGUGACGAAGCGCAACGAAAGCUGUUUGCACAGAAUUACGCGAGCAAAAAUACAGACGACGUCGCGUCGAUAAAGCGACUUUACGAAGACUUGCAGUUGCCCAAGCUAUACAAAGAACAAGAGGACGAAAUACACAGCGGCAUCUUAAAGAAGAUUAACGCGCUACCCCCUAGUACGUCGCCUGCGAUUUUCUUUAAACUCCUCGAUAUGAUAUUCAAGAGAAGUUAUUAAUUCGUUCUCGCGUGUUCCAGAAUGGGGCUAGUCAUAUAAUAUUGUUGAGCAUGAAUGUUCAACUAUUUAUUAAAAUUCUUAACAGUUAGUGAUUCCAAUAUGUAGUAGAGUAGGAGGAAAUAGACGGGGAUAAAAAAAAAACACUGAAAAUGUGAAAAGAUAUAAAAUUUCCGAUAAAAAAGAAUAUGUUCCUUUGUUCAGGGAUGUAUGAAAAUGCGCUUAUUUCAGAAAUUAAGCGAGCCAGACAUAAUGGGAAAAACAACACGCUGUACUUUCAUGGCAUGGCAGCUAUGGGUCUAUUUAAUUUCUGUGUAAUUUAAAAAACAACCAUCCGAAAAACCUUUAUAAAAUACGAAUAACAUUUUACAGUUGUUGCAUUUAAGCUAAAAAAAUAACUUUGUUGUAAGGUUAUAUUGAUAUAAAUCUUCACUGCAGUAUGAAAUUUAACCAAUGAAUAAAGAUCCCACGCAGAACUUUCAUUCAGCAUUCAAAAAAACUCCGUGCUUGUAGAUUGUAUAAAAAAUCUAAUCUUGAUACAUAAUUGACAUUCUGUCAGAGUAAUUUUUAAUAAUUUUACUAAUUGAACCUCAUAACGUUUAGAAGGCUGAAAACACUGAUAAAGUAUUCGGAGUUUGCGCGUUUAUUGGAAACAUCUCAAAAAUUUGAAAUCGGUUGUUCUUAUUUAUACAAACACAUAAAUAUUUUUUUGACCUAUAAAUAGUUAUAUAUUCCACCUUUUUAACAAUAUGUGAAUUCAACGACACGCAUCGGAAGUCUAUUUCUCGGAAAUACAAUAAUAAAAUGUGGUUUAAAAAAAACUCAAUAAACCUGAGGGAAUUUUAAUUGGCGUACACUGAUAUUGAAAAAACUACAAGUUUUAUUAUUACUCGUCUCAAAUUUGCGCAUUCUAUUUUAUAAGACAAUUGUUAAAUUUAGUCUUACGAUUUUAAUAUGUACGUAAUAUAAAAUAAAAACCGGUCAAAUAAAAGUAAUUAAAGUUAAUUCAUCACGAUAUCUAAUUCUAAUCGCAUUUAAAAUGAACAAUAAAACAGUUAAGCCUUUUCACGUGUGCAGUUCUAGAUACGCCGUGCCUCGUAGAGUCAAUCAGUGAAUGAACGAGUGAACGAAUGAAUGAACGAACAUAUAAGUACACUAUUCACUAUCCUUCAUCUUUCGUAGUGUACGACGUAUCGGGUCUUGCGUUCAUACUAUUUCAAAAUGACUGCUCUGUUGCAAUGGAGUGAUCGCUUGAACCAUGUAUUAAUCAGGAAUAAACGAAAGAGCUUAUACUUUUUUUUUUAUUAUCCUUGUAGGCAAGCGAUCAUACGGCUAUGAUGAUGGUGAGUGGUUACCGUCACUCGUGAACUUCAGCAAUACCAGGGACAAAGCCAUCUACCAGAAGCCGACUUAUAGCGCUUGUCGAUUAGUCGGUAGACUGGUGCACGCGGAAAGACACUCAGAUUUCAUCAUCAUCAUCAUGCUUUCCUAUUACCCUCUGCUAGGGUGUAGGGCUCGAAUCAAAUUUUUCCAUUUAUAUCGGUCUUGGGCAGUCUGUUCU